UGGAACACUCGCUUCACUUUCCCCAAAACCCCCAAAGGGCCAAAACCCUCUUGCUUCGAAUUUCGUCCCCAACCCCCCCUCUCUCUCUAUCUCUCACACACACACACGCAAGAAGAAGAAGAAUGGCAGAUGUUAAUGAUGCCGGAUCUUCGACGACGGCGACGACGGAUACAUUGCCGCCGUUUCUGAGGAAGCUUUACGCCAUGGUGGACGACCCGGAGACCGACUCGGUGGUUUCCUGGAGCGACGGAAACAACAGCUUUGUGGUCUGGAACCCGCAUGAGUUCGCCGCCAAGCUUCUGCCCAAGCACUUCAAGCACAAGAACUUGGCCAGCUUCAUCCGGCAGUUGAACACUUACGGUUUUAAGAAGGUGGACUCAGACCGUUAUGAAUUUGCAAAUGUGAAGUUUCUAAAAGGUCAAUCGCACCUUCUGAAGAGUAUUAGUCGGAGGAAACCGGUUCAUGUACCAACUGAAGUACCGAGCUCCUCAGUUGGGGCAUGUGUUGAGGUAGGGAAAUUUGGGCUCGACGAAGAGGUUAAAAGACUGGAAAGGGACAAGAAUGUUCUUAUGCAGGAACUUGUUAAAUUGAGGCAGCACCAGCAAGCAACUGAUCAUCAGUUGCAGAAUGUGGGGCAGCGUGUGCAGGUACUGGAGCAGAGACAGCAACAAAUGAUGUCUUUCCUAGCAAAGGCUAUGCAGAGUCCUGGCUUAUUUGCCCAGUUUGUACAGCAGCAGAAUGAAAGCAAUAGGAACAUUACUGGAGGGACUAAAAAAAGAAGACUCCCCAAUCAAGAGGAAAGUGUAGCUGGUGAGAGUCGCACCAAUGCUCCCGAGGGACAGAUUAUCAAGUACCAGCAGCCGUCAAUGAAUGAGGCUGCUAAAACCUUGCUGCGGCAGAUUUUGAAGAUGAAUGGAUCUCCUAGGGUGGAACCAUUGAUGAACAACCCAGAUGCAUUUCUUUUCGAUGAUGCUCCUUUUACCAAUACGUUCGACCAUGGAAAUUCCUUGAAUCGAGUUUCUGGAGUGACCCUUUCUGAGUUUCUGCCUAUUUCUGCAGAGUUGUUUAUGCCAGCAGAGCCGGAAUUUCCCAUUAGUUCUCCAUCCACUGCAAAUUCAGAUAUUCAAUCUUCCUCUUAUGCGAUGCCUGAUCAUGCUAUAGAAGCUCAAUUCCCAAACCUUGAUGUUUAUAAUUCUCAAGAAGAGACUGUUUUGCCCAACUUUACUGAACUGCAAGGGAUCAUGCCCAAAAGCACUGCAGAGAUCCCUGAUAUGAACCUUGCGGGAUCUGAGACUGGGAAUGCAAGUUAUGUGGAUCCAAUGUCUCUUUUGGAUGGGUCAAGGCCCAUAAAGACUGGUACUUUCUAUCCACAAAAUGAUGUGGAGGCCUUGCUUGAUGAGAUCCCUGUACUUCCGGGGAUUAAUGAUACUUUCUGGGAACAGUUUCUUACGGGGACUCCAGUCACUGAGGAUGUAGAUGAAAUUAUUUUGAGUUCACUAGAUGGUGAUGUGACCAUGGAUCAUGGGUUACAGAUGGGAAAGAAAAAUGGGUUGGACAAGAUUCAACAUAUGAAUCGUCUUACUGAGCAGAUGGGGCUUCUUGCGUCGGAAAGCAGAAUGGGGUGACCUUACCAAUUGUAUGUGCAUGUUUCUGGGCAUCAAGAGGUUGAUGCCUCGCACGGUUGGGCAGGCAAGGGCUUUCUUCAACGGCACAUGACCAGUAAUAAUUUUGUUUUAACGGAACUUUUUACUAGUUAUAAUUUCUAGUUUAAGAAACUUUUUACUCUUACAUCUGUAUUUCAUAAUUCUGUGCGCAUGUUUAUUUCGGAAGGCUAAUUGGAUAUAAUAAUGAAUUACGUUUACUUAUAA